AUGCCACGAGGCGAAGGCGAUGUCUGCUGUGAUGUGGCUCAGGGGGCCAGCGGUACAGUUCUGGACAUCAGGGAGGGGUCAACAGAGUGGGGCCUGAGAGUCUGCAAGGAGCCCCUGGCGCAGUGCAGCCGGCCCAGUCUCCUUCGCACUCUGCCUCUUCUCUCAGCGUGGGUCUUUCUCCACCACCACCUGUUUGUGCUUUACUCAGGCCUCAAGGCUACAGCGGCUGCACGGCCCUCCACGUUUGCUCAUCAAGUCCCUCAGAAAGGACUCCCUUACACCCAAUCUGGAUCCCAUUUCCCACUGGAAGGCUCGGGUUUAAAGCUAGACCCUCCUGAACCGUUUAGCCGAGUCCAGAAAGGCGGUGCAGAACUCAUGGCUGUAGCCGGAUUUGAUUAA